GCGCUGCGAACGUGUGUGUGUGUGCAUGUUACGUGUGUUUUCGGCUUGUUAAUUUUUUUUUGUUUCCUUCCUUUUUUGUUGUUAUUUAUUGUGCGUGUGCGUGACAGCUGAGCUUUAGCAGUGGUCUUAAAAAAAAUAUUGAAAUUUAAUAUAUAUUUAAGAAUAGAGGUUUGCACAAUAUUUGUGUCGUCCACUGACGAAAUUUUGUACAUUUUGUAGCGUUCCACGGUCGGUGUGCAGAAAAAGUUAAACAAACAAAAGAACCGACCGAAAGAAAAAAAAAUAAAAAAAAACGCGUGUUGAGCCCCGACGAGGAGAGCAGAGCUGCAGCCGCAGCCGCAACUGAAGCGCGGAGUUGGUAAAGGCAGCUAAGAGAGCCAGAGAAAGAGAUCUCAGUACGAGUUGUUUGCUUGAAGUCGAAACAAUUGUUCCAUAGCUCUGCUGGCAAUUCUUAUUUUUUAUAUAUAUAUUUUUUUUUGGUGACCGUCUGUUGUUCGUCGUCGUAGUCGCUGUCGUCGUCACAUCGUCAUUCGUCUCGUCGCCUCUUUUCUUUUUUGCGAAGCGCGCGCGUUCUCGGCUCUUCCUCUUCCGGCCAAUCGUCAGCGAAGUUCGCAGCAAACAACAGCAGCCAGAAAUUGCGAUACGAAAAGGCGACGAGAACAGUAACUACAACAACAACAUCAAAUAAAACAAAAUGACAUCGAAAAAGCGCAAAACCUUUUUGGACGCCGACGAUGAUGAUGGAUUCGACGAUGAUGAUUCUGGCUCUGAUUUCGAUGAUGAUGAAGAUCCAGAUCAAAUAGAAGUGCCCGGAGGCGGUCGAGACUUGAACACUGCAGUUACCUAUGCCCAGAACAUUAGAAGUGGAGUUGGGAUUGCGACACCAAAGCAGCAGGCGAACAACAGUGGGGCGAGCAGCAGCAGCAUCAGUACUAGUGGUGGCGAAAUAUUUCUCAAAUUGAGCAACAAUAACAAUAAUAUAAAUAGCAACAAUAAUAUCAGUAAAGUGAUUAGCAGCAAGCCGACAUCGUUGCUGCUUAGCAACAACAACAAAGUGAGCAGCAUAAUUGGCAACAAGAUUGUCACCAACAGCACCACCAAUAACAACAACAACAACAACAUCAGCAUCAACAACUUAAACAACAAUAGUAAUAGCAACAUCAACAACAACAUCAGCAUUAUUGGUCGCAACAACAACAACAGCUUAAUUGGAGCAACGCAACUGAGGCCAACAAUAACGCAUACGGCGAAAGUAACGGGCGGCAAAUUCACCGCGUUGCCAUCCACAAUCACAACUAAAGUGAUCGUCGACAAGAACCUUAACAGCAGCAACAUGCCAAAGAAAGUGACGGCUGCAGCCUUGGGCAAUGUCAGCACGACAGCAACAACAACGAACACCGCUUUGGCAACCGCCAGCACAAGGAUCAAUGCAAACAGUGGCAACGCUGGCAUCAUGCGCACAGGCAUUGGCAACGCUGCUGCAACAGCGAAUCUUAGCUCGGCCAGCUCCUAUUUGAGCAGCGGUGCUGGCAAUUAUUUAAACAGCCUGAGCACCAACGAUCUGAUGAGUCUCGCCGCUUAUGUCGCCUCCAAAGGUGGCAAUGCACCCAACACCAACAUUCCCGCCACCAACAGCAGCAGCAGCAGCAGUAAUAAGAAUAACAACAACUACUUUGCGGGUGGAGGCGCCUCAACGUCAGCCGCCUCUGCUGCCAAUUUCAAUAUGGCCGCGUCUUUAUUGGCGCAGAUGAGCUAUGCGGGCGCUGCCACGCCCAUGCGUACACCGUACAGGCCAGCCGCCCCCGCGAGCGCAACGCUCAAGGCGAAUGCGCCCACAGCUGCUGCAGUUGGAGGCGUGGCCGGAGCUGGAGCUGUCGGACUUGGAGCAGCAGCUGCAGCUGGCGGCGGCGCCGCUGCUGGCGGAGGAGGCGCCAUGAAGCUGAUGAUGGACAAGCUGCAGAAGUUGAUUGACAUGAAGCCCGAGUACUUGACCAGCGGCAUUCCCAAUCAUGUGAUGACGCAGCUGUUCAUGCAACCGAUGCGCAUGCCACAGCCGACGCAGCAGCAGCAACAGCAACAACAGUUGCCCAAUGUCGCAAACUCGGUCGUUGGCAAUGCCGCCAAUGCGCUGGCAAAUGCCUCAGCAGCCGCCGCCUAUGUGCAGCAGGCACAGGAGGAGGACGAGGUCGACUACGAGGAGAUGGGCGUCGCUGAAACCUAUGCUGACUAUUGGCCAGCCAAGCUGAAGCUGGGCAAGAAGCAUCCGGAUGCGGUGGUGGAGACCGCCUCGUUGAGUUCCGUGGAGCCGUGCGAUGUCUACUACAAGGUCUCCAUACCCAACGAGACCAUCAACAGCGGCCAACUGAGCGCACUGCAAUUGGAGUCGAUCACCUACGCAUCGCAGGCUCACGAUCAUCUGUUGCCCGAUGGGAGUCGUGCCGGUUUCCUCAUCGGAGAUGGCGCUGGCGUGGGCAAGGGUCGCACCAUCGCUGGCAUCAUCUAUGAGAACUACCUGAAGGGGCGCAAGAAGGCCCUCUGGAUAUCCGUGUCCAACGAUCUCAAAUACGAUGCCGAGCGCGAUCUCAGCGACAUUGGAGCCACGCGCAUCGAUGUCCACGCUCUCAAUAAGUUCAAAUAUGCCAAGAUCAGCUCGGAUGCGAACAACAACUGCAAACGCGGCGUCAUCUUCAGCACAUACUCGGCGCUGAUUGGCGAGUCGAACAACAAGACCGGAAAAUAUCGCUCACGUUUCCGCCAGCUGUUGCAAUGGUGCGGCGAAGACUUUGAGGGUCUGAUCAUCUUCGAUGAGUGUCACAAGGCCAAGAAUCUGUGCCCCGUUGGGUCGGGCAAACCGACAAAGACGGGCCAAACGGUGCUCGAGCUGCAGCAAAAGUUGCCCAAGGCACGCGUUGUGUACGCCUCAGCGACGGGCGCCUCGGAGCCCAAGAAUAUGGCGUAUAUGGUGCGCUUGGGUCUCUGGGGACAGGGCACGGCGUUUGCCAAUUUCAAUGACUUCAUUACGGCCGUGGAGCGACGUGGCGUUGGCGCCAUGGAGAUUGUGGCCAUGGACAUGAAACUUCGCGGCAUGUAUAUUGCACGUCAGUUGAGCUUCAAGGGCGUCAGCUUUAAGAUCGAGGAGGUGCCGCUGACCAAAGAGUUUCGCAAGAUCUACGAUCAGUCCGUUGAACUUUGGGUGGAGGCCAUGCAAAAGUUCACCGAGGCAGCGGAGCUGAUCGAUGCCGAGAGUCGCAUGAAGAAGACAAUGUGGGGACAGUUUUGGUCAUCGCAUCAGCGUUUCUUCAAAUAUCUCUGCAUUGCGGCCAAGGUGAAUCAUGCGGUGCUCGUUGCCCGCGAGUCCAUCAAGUAUGGCAAAUGUGUUGUCAUUGGUCUGCAAUCAACGGGCGAGGCGCGCACUUUGGAUCAACUGGAGCGCGACGAUGGCGAGCUCACCGACUUUGUCUCCACAGCCAAAGGCGUCUUCCAGUCGUUUGUAGAGCGACACUUUCCGGCGCCCGAUCGCAAUCGCAUCAAUCGUAUACUCGGUCUGUAUGAUGACACGCCGGCUGUUAAGACGGAGCCCAGCCUGCUGUCUGCCAGUAAUAAUAACAAUAAUAACAACAACAACCAGAGCAGCAGCAAACGCAAGGGAGGCGCAGCAGCAGCGGGCGCGGCAGGUAAAUCGAAGAAAAAGAAACGCAGCGGCUCGUGGCCAUUCAGCGAUAGCGACGAUGAUGCCGCUCACACUUCGGGCGGCGAUUGCAAUAACAGCGACGAUGCCGCCGACAGCGAUGAUGCCUACGAUGAGGACAACGAUGACGAUGAGAAUGACGAUGACGACGACGAUGAUGACGAUGAUGAGGACAAGCAUGACAAUGAUAGCGAUCGUCAUAGCGUUGCCAGCGAUGCCAGCUCCGAUUUCAAUCCGUUCUUCAGCGGCAGCGACAGCGACAUCGAUCCCUGGGUGAAUGCGCGUGCCAAGAAGUCAAGUGGCAGCGGCAGCAAGAAGACCCAAAAGAAGACCAAGAAGAAGACCAUCAAAAAAGAGGCGAAGGCGGUGAAGAAGGAACCGAAAGAGUCGCCAACUCCAACGGCCACGAGCAGCAGCAGCAGCAUGUCUGCGACUGUGGCAGCCGCUUUGAAUGCGGCCAAGAGUCGCAAGUCGCAGCAGCUGUCGACGCAGGACAAGAUCCAGGAUCUGCUGCAGAAGAAGCAGGAGAUGAAGGGCACCAUGACGCCGGUGGGCGUGAAUGGCGUCAAGUUGAACUACGGUCCGCCGCCCAAGGAUGCCAUCGAGCGUGCCUGCACCAUGAAGGAGGAGCUGUUGCGCAAAAUCGAACGUCUUGGCGCCCGUCUGCCGCCCAACACACUCGAUCAGCUGAUCGAUGAGCUGGGAGGUCCCGACAACGUUGCCGAGAUGACGGGUCGACGUGGUCGCGUUGUCCAGAGCGACGACGGUUCCAUACAGUACGAAUCGCGCACAGAGUCUGAUGUGCCGCUCGAGACGCUGAACAUCACAGAGAAGCAGCGUUUCAUGGACGGCCAAAAGGAUGUGGCCAUCAUCUCGGAGGCCGCAUCCAGCGGCAUCUCGCUGCAAAGCGAUCGCCGUGUGUUCAAUCAACGGCGUCGCGUUCACAUCACCCUCGAGCUGCCGUGGUCCGCCGAUCGAGCCAUACAGCAAUUUGGACGCACGCAUCGUUCGAAUCAGGUCAACGCACCCGAGUACAUAUUUCUCAUCUCGGAUUUGGCGGGCGAACGACGUUUCGCCUCCACGGUGGCUAAGCGUCUUGAGUCGUUGGGCGCUUUGACCCACGGCGAUCGUCGGGCCACCGAGACGCGUGAUCUGUCACAGUUCAACAUUGACAACAAGUACGGACGGCAGGCGCUUGAGACGGUGAUGCGCACCAUUAUGGGCUAUGAGACGCCGCUGGUGCCGCCGCCCACCGAUUAUAGCGGCGAGUUCUUCAAGGAUAUUGCCGGGGCGUUGGUAGGCGUGGGGAUCAUUGUGAACAGCGAGAGUCAUCCGGGUGUGCUCAGCCUGGACAAGGACUACAACAACAUAUCGAAGUUUCUCAAUCGCAUUCUCGGCUGUCCGGUGGAUCUGCAGAAUCGUCUCUUCAAAUACUUUACCGACACCAUGACGGCCAUCAUCAAUCAGGCCAAACGUGGCGGUCGCUUUGAUCUGGGCAUUGUUGAUCUGGGCGCCGCUGGCGAGAAUGUGACACGCGUGCGUCUCGUGCGCUUUGUGCGCAAACAUGCCACGGGCGUGGCACCCACCGAGCUGCAUACGGUGCGCGUGGAGCGCGGCAUGAUCUGGCAGGAGGCCAUCGACAAAUAUGCGGAUCUAUUCAAUGAGCACGAGGGUUUCUACACUUCGCAUCAUCUGCGCAAUCAGAAGCGCACCGCUAUCCUAGUCGUGAUCAUUGAACAGCAACCGACGCGCGGCUCCAGCUCAACGGAUGCCGACGGCCAAGGCGCAAAAGAAAAAAGUCACGCAGCAAAAAAGGAGAUCAUGUGCCAGAUCUAUCGACCGAACACGGGUCUCCAGGUGCGUCACGAAUCGCUCGCCGAGCUGGAGAAGAAGUAUCGCAAGGUGCCCAGCGAGGAGGCCGAACCGCAUUGGACCGAACAGUACGAUGCCUCGGUGCACACAUGCUCGCAUGCCUAUUGGAAUGGCAAUUGUCGCAACGUUAGUCUGGGCAACGAUUGCGAGGUUGGUCUGCGACAGCGUUUGUAUCAUGUGCUCGCCGGUUCGGUGCUGUCCGUUUGGGGACGUGUCGAGCACAUUUUGAACACACGCUCCAACAGCAAGAUGCAGGUGAUACGCAUGAAGACAACCGAGAGCGAAAAGAUUGUCGGCACCAUGAUACCCAAGUCCUGUUAUGAGCCGCUCAUGAACGAUCUGCGCAGUGAUUCCGAGAAGCAGGAAGAAUUCAACUAUUAAUAGGCUCGGUUCCUACCCCGCCCAAAACAUUCAUAAAGAGAAACAACAACUGAUUCCAAGCCUCCACAACACACACACACACACUCAUACACAAAGAACAUCAUUUCUCAUCAACACACACACUUAGAUGGAGGCAACGUUUGUUUUACAUUUUCAGGAUUUGUUCGCUACUAUAUUUUUUUUUUUUAAUAUUAUUACUAUUGUAAGAACUGUUUAUAGUUUUACACUUGAAUUGAAUUAAUGAUGUAAUUUAGUUGUAGACGCUCGUAGAUAACGUGCAACGAUGUGUUUAACAGACGCACCCAAAAAGAAAGCAGAACUAUCUUUUUUUUGGGUUGCGUCUUACACUCACUGGCACACGCACACACACAUACACACACAAACACAAACAAAUUCAUACACAUACACAAACACACGACAUGAGAAAAGAUAUAGUGAAAACAAAUGGAAACGCUUAUUAUAUGGACUUCUUUCUUAAUGAUUUACUCUUUAAUUAAUUUAAUUAUUUUUAACAUAAAUAAUAGUAUCCAGCACAUCUAUACACAAGCACAUACCUUCACACACACACACACAUAACUCACACACAACACACAACAAACAAUACAUACGUAAUGUGUACGUAACGCACUUUAAUAUAUAUAUGUAUAUUCUUUAUUUUUUUAUUUUGGCUCCCACUUAAAUUUUGUAAAAACUAAGAGGCUGCAGCACAGCGUGCAGCUUUCUUUAGUUUGAAGCAAAAUACGGAAACUGAAAACAUAUUUAAACAAAACAAACAUAAAUGAAAAACACACACACACAAAAAAUAUAAAUAAAAACAAAAACAAAUUAAAGCAAAACCAAGAAGAAUUCUAACGAGAAUCGAGUAUGAAACCGA